AUGUUCGUAUCGUGUGCUAUUAUUGCACUCUUCUUACUCGCUCAUACAAGUCAUUCAGGAGUUACUGUCGGUGGUACGCUUAGAAAAAGUACAAUUUGGAACGAAGCAGAAAGUCCCUAUCAUGUGGUUGGUGAUGUAGGUGUUCCUCCAAAUUUGACACUCACUAUUGAAGCUGGCGUUCAAAUCAUUUUCGACGAUGAUUUUGAGAUUCUCAUCAAAGGAGGCUCUCUAAAAGUGCUUGGUACCAUCGAACAACUCGUCAGAUUUUCAUCAGCUUUUCCUGGAAAAAAAUGGAUGGUGACAUUUAAGGCUUCUAACUUGUCUCAAUCGAUCAUUACUUCAGCUCAGUUUUCAGGUCCCAAACCAGCAGUACAAUCGGCCUAUAUAGAAAAGAAUCCUAUACAAAAUCAAGGAGAGUUAUUGUUACAGUUUUGUAUAUUUAUCAAUGGCAGUGAAAUCGCUAGCAAUGGCACAAUGGCUCAUAAAGAUGGUAUUCACUUGAAUUCGUCUGUUUUGUACAAUACAAGCAUAGAACUGUCCUAUGGUUAUCCAUCCACAGUGCACAUUGACAAUUCGACUCUGGACAAUGUUCACGUGAACGGCAACGCAGGUUCAACUACCACCAUAUUAUUAACGAUUUCUCGCUCAACCUUUAAAAAUGGAUCUAUUACAGGUGGUUAUCAUGGAACCAACAUUCAAAUUGAUGAUUCAAGACUGGUUUAUGUUAACGUACUGGGUGGUGGUGGUUAUGGUGUUGAGGAUUCUGAUCUUGGAACAUAUUUUGCCCUUCGUCACUCAACGUUUGAUAAUGGUUCGCUUGUAUUAAACAACUAUCAAGUGGACUUAACCUCGUCAAAUAUUAGUCUUACUCAAUCUCCUCUCGUAAUAGGCAGUAAUUCAACAAUACAGUGUACGUCAAUCACUCGUACAACUGAAACAAAUGAAAAUAUGAUUGGAAUAGAAGCUAACAAUAUUACAAUCAAAGAAUCAUCUAUCUACAAUUUUCGAAUAGGAAUUCGUCUCUUUAAAACAUGCACGAUUUCAUCAAGUAAUAUCUAUAAUAAUUUACUUUAUAAUAUUGAAAAUCAAGGACCAUAUACCAUUCAAGCGAAAGAAAAUUGGUGGGGGACAUCAAAUGAGACAGAAAUUGAUAAUAAAAUAUACGAUUAUUAUGAAAAUUUAAAUUUCGGUCUGGUCAUCUAUUCUAAUUAUUCAAUGAUUCCACUUAAACACAAUAAUAGUAUUUGUGAAAAUUAUUACACAUCGUCAUCAUCUACUUAUAAUAACGUAUCGUCAUCAUCUACUUAUAAUAACGUAUCGUCAUCAUCUACUUAUAAUAACGUAUCGUCAUCAUCUACUUAUAAUAACGCAAUAUCCCUGGGACAUUAUAUACAUAUGAUUACUUUCUUUGGUUUGCUUGUAAUUCUUUUUGUUACAUGA